AUGCAGGAGGUCCAGCGGCGAGUCGAUGAGGUCAGCCACCAGGUGGAGGGCGUUCCAGCUGAUCCCCCGUCUGGUGCUCCUGAUCUGUAUGCGUUAGACCUGGAGCCCUACCGCUACUCAGGGGUGAACCUGACGGGGUUCCGGAUUCUCAACGUGGACAACCCGCACGUCUCGGCCAUCGUGGAAAAGUGGUCCAUGGAGCGGCUGCAGGCAGCUCCCCGGGCAGAGUCCGGCCUGUUGGACGGCGUGAUGAUGACUGACGCGGCCUUGCUGUACGACGCCGUCCACAUCGUGUCCGUGUGCUACCAGAGGGCCCCGCAGAUGACCGUGAACUCCCUGCAGUGCCAUCGGCACAAGGCCUGGCGCUUUGGCGGCCGCUUCAUGAACUUCAUCAAGGAGGCUCAAUGGGAAGGAUUAACUGGACGGAUUGUUUUCAACAAAACCAGUGGCUUACGGACAGAUUUUGAUCUGGACAUCAUCAGCCUGAAGGAGGAUGGCCUGGAGAAGGUUGGUGUGUGGAGUCCUGCGGAGGGGCUCAACAUCACGGAGGUCGCCAAAGGCCGAGGCCCUAAUGUCACUGACUCUCUGACAAACAGGUCGCUCAUCGUCACCACCGUGCUGAAGGCAGAUCUGGCCGUGGCCCCCCUGACCAUCACCCAUGUCCGCGAGAAGGCCAUCGACUUUUCCAAGCCCUUCAUGACACUCGGUGUGAGCAUCCUGUAUCGAAAGCCCAAUGGCACCAACCCCAGUGUCUUCUCCUUCCUCAACCCCCUGUCCCCAGACAUCUGGAUGUAUGUACUCCUCGCCUACCUGGGGGUCAGCUGUGUCCUCUUUGUAAUUGCCAGGUUCAGCCCUUACGAGUGGUAUGACGCUCAUCCUUGCAAUCCCGGCUCCGAGGUGGUGGAAAACAACUUCACUCUGCUAAACAGCUUCUGGUUCGGGAUGGGGUCCUUGAUGCAGCAAGGGUCUGAACUGAUGCCCAAAGCCCUGUCCACACGCAUCAUCGGGGGCAUCUGGUGGUUCUUCACGCUCAUCAUCAUCUCCUCCUACACGGCCAACCUGGCUGCCUUUCUGACUGUGGAGCGCAUGGAAUCGCCCAUCGACUCUGCUGAUGACCUGGCCAAGCAAACCAAAAUCGAGUAUGGGGCUGUCAAGGACGGGGCCACCAUGACCUUCUUCAAGAAAUCCAAGAUCUCCACCUUUGAGAAAAUGUGGGCCUUCAUGAGCAGCAAGCCAUCAGCGCUGGUGAAGAACAACGAGGAGGGCAUCCAGAGGACCCUGACGGCAGACUAUGCACUGCUCAUGGAGUCCACGACCAUCGAGUACGUCACCCAGAGGAACUGCAACCUUACCCAGAUCGGGGGCCUCAUCGACUCCAAGGGCUACGGCAUUGGCACGCCCAUGGGCUCCCCGUACCGGGACAAGAUCACCAUCGCCAUCCUGCAGCUGCAGGAGGAGGACAAGCUGCACAUCAUGAAGGAGAAGUGGUGGAGAGGCAACGGGUGUCCCGAGGAGGAGAACAAAGAGGCCAGCGCCCUGGGUAUCCAGAAGAUCGGGGGCAUCUUCAUCGUCCUGGCCGCCGGGCUGGUCCUGUCCGUGCUGGUGGCUGUGGGCGAGUUUGUGUACAAGCUCCGUAAAACAGCAGAGCGAGAGCAGCGUUCCUUCUGCAGCACGGUAGCCGAUGAGAUCCGUUUCUCCCUUACCUGCCAGCGUCGGGUCAAGCACAAGCCGCAGCCUCCCAUGAUGGUCAAGACUGACGCUGUCAUCAACAUGCACACGUUCAACGACCGCCGGCUUCCAGGCAAGGACAGCAUGGCCUGCAGCACAUCAUUGGCCCCUGUAUUCCCCUAG